GUCGAGCGCAGAGGGGCGGGGCCAAGAAAGCGCGCCUUCUGGGAGGGGGUGGGGCCGGGUUAAAGAGCGCCGCGUCACGUCCGGAAGACUUAGAGCCCGUGCGGAGGCGGUGCGGAGCGUUUCGGUCCUCAGCGGCUGGGGAGCCACUGCGUGGUGUGAGGCUGCGGCGGAGCCUCUAGAUAGAAGGCGCGAGAGGGUGGCAGCUUCGCUGGAAGCACGUCGAGCGACGACAGCAGCCAGGAGUCAUGAGCGACAGCGGCGAGCAGAACUACGGCGAGCGAGAAUCCCGUUCUGCUUCCAGAAGUGGAAGUGCUCAUGGAUCUGGGAAAUCUGCAAGGCAUACCCCUGCAAGGUCUCGCUCCAAGGAAGAUUCCAGGCGUUCCAGAUCAAAGUCCAGGUCCAGAUCUGAAUCUAGGUCUAGAUCCAGAAGAAGUUCUCGAAGGCAUUAUACAAGGUCACGAUCUCGGUCCCGCUCCCAUAGAAGAUCCCGUAGCAGAUCUUAUAGUAGAGAUUAUCGAAGACGGCAUAGCCACAGUCACUCUCCCAUGUCGACUCGAAGGCGUCAUGUUGGGAAUCGGGCAAAUCCUGAUCCCAACUGUUGUCUUGGAGUAUUUGGAUUGAGCUUGUACACUACAGAAAGAGAUCUAAGAGAAGUGUUCUCUAAAUAUGGCCCAAUUGCUGAUGUGUCUAUCGUAUAUGACCAGCAGUCUAGACGUUCAAGAGGAUUUGCCUUUGUAUACUUUGAAAAUGUAGAUGAUGCCAAGGAAGCGAAAGAACGUGCCAAUGGAAUGGAGCUUGAUGGACGUAGGAUCAGAGUUGAUUUCUCUAUAACAAAAAGACCACAUACCCCAACACCAGGAAUUUACAUGGGGAGACCUACCUAUGGCAGCUCGCGCCGUCGGGAUUACUAUGACAGAGGAUAUGAUCGAGGCUAUGAUGAUCGGGACUACUAUAGUAGAUCAUAUAGAGGAGGAGGUGGAGGAGGAGGAGGAUGGAGAGCUGCUCAGGACAGGGAUCAGAUAUACAGAAGACGGUCACCUUCUCCUUACUAUAGUCGUGGAGGUUACAGAUCACGUUCCAGAUCUCGAUCAUACUCACCUCGUCGUUAUUAAGCAUGAAGUUGAAGACUUUCUGAAACCUGCCCUAGAGUUGGGAUAUUGUUUGUGGACAAUAUUUUUUAUUGUCUCCUGUUUAAAAAGUGAACAGUGCCUAGUGAAGUUAGGUGACUUUUACACCUUUUAUGAUGACUACUUUUGGUGGAGUUGAAAUGCUGUUUUCAUUCUGCAUUUGUGUAGUUCGGUGCUUUGUUCAAAGUUAAGUGUUUUCAGAAAAGUAUGUUUUGCAUGUAUUUUUUUACAGUCUAAAUUUUGACUGCUGAGAAGUUUCUAUUGUACAAAACUUCAUUUAAAAGGUUUUUCUACUGAAUCCAGGGUAUUCUGAAGAUCGAAGCCUGUGUGUAAAAUGCUACCAAAUGGCAAAAAGCAACAAUAAAGUUUCGUUUUUACUUUUCUUUCUAA